AUGACCGAUCCGCUUGCGUCUGAGAAAGCACUGACUUCGGUGGACCUGCUCAUCAUCAUAUUCUCUUAUGUCUCUCGAGAUGACGCGGCGCAUGCAGCCCUUGUCUGUCGAGGCUGGCUUGAGCUCGCUCGGGACGUCAUAUGGGAAACGAUCAAGAAGCCCGAACAACUAUUCUCGUUGUUGGCUCCCAUCGAAACAGCCGCCACAUCUGAGCAGCGCUUUACCCGUGCACCCUCUGAGCACGACUGGCAGCGUUUUGCCGUGUUCGCGCGAAGGGUCCGCCAUCUUCGCAUCGUCCUUCGAAAAGGCAACUAUACCGCAAUUCUCCGCACUGUAGCUUCGUCGAUGCCAUCUCAACAACAUUUCCUCCCUAGACUGACGAGUCUCGUCUGGGAGGACUGGAAUCAUGGCGAGGCGGACUAUGGUUUGGACCCCAUGCAUCUCUUCCUCGUCCCUUCGCUCCGUUCGAUACACAUGAGCACACCUUACGGUGUAUUCGGGGCUGACAUCGGCACAUUCUUCGAAGGAUUGCCCGGGAGAUCCCCUGCUCUCGAGGAGCUGACCCUUCGGGUCAGCUUUGGCGUUGAAUCUUGCGAUCUGGAAGCGGGCCUCUGUCGUCUUAUCCGGACCGUGCCGCUACGAAGCGUAGAUCUUCCAUUGUACUUCUUCACGCCGGCCGUCCUUUUUACUGCAGUACAGUGCCCGACGGUGGCGAACAUCCGUACUGAAGAAGCAGUGAUCGAACCAUGGCUAUCGCGGCAGAUCUGGCAGCCGUGUACGGGCUUUCCGCGUGUGAUGGGCACAGGGGCGGCAGCAGCCGACAUUGAAACCUUGGUCUUGGCCAUACCCUUGGAAGAGCUGAACAUCCUGCUUAGCCGAGAGUUCUUUUCUCAACUCCAAGAGCUAUCCCUUUGA